GCAACUGCCCAACAGGCAGUUUGUGCACCCAACUGACACUUUGUAGAAACACAGAGAAUGCAUUAGACUAUUGUUUAGCUGAUUAUUGUAAGUUCAAGUGGAUUUUUCAGUAUUUGGGUUACGGUGGCAUUGCUGUGCUCAAGGUUGUCCUGCACACAAUGGGGGUCAAAGCAGCUCUUCCAAGGUACGAGCUCUACUUUUAUAAUGUAGUGCUGUGUAUGGCAAUGCUCUGGUCUGCCAGAUGGAUAUUUGAUGUAUCCAGCUCAAAUUCCAACAAAAAAACCUUCAAGACCAGUGUUCAGCCAGGAUGGUAUUACUCUGGCCGAAAAAUGGAUACGGCUGAUGUUGAGUGGAUGAUGUGGUUUUCGACGUUUCGAGAGCAUAUCAUCUUUGCACUCUCAGGUCAUGUGAUCUUUGCCAAGAUCUGCUCGUUGCUCGCUCCACAGUACAGAUCUCAGGUGUUCAUGGUGUACGGUAUGCUGGCGGUGUUCACCAGUAUGGGCUGGGCCUAUGUCACGCUCAUCCUGUCUCACUGUGUCCUGCUCUAUAGCAUCUCUCUGGUCAAGCUCAGGUGGCUCUGCUUCGUCGCUGGACUCACUACACUGGCGACUUUCAAAAUGGAGCCCUUCAUUUCCUGGCAGGCAGGGUUUGUGACUGGCAAUUUUGACCUCCGUCCUCUUUUGUUCUACGGCGGCUGUGGGUUCACCAUCAUGCGCUGUAUGAGUUUCGCUCUAGAGAACUGUGAGAAAAAAGAUGGAAACUACAGCAUCCUGGAGCUUCUCAAGUACAACUUCUACCUUCCCUUCUUUUACUUUGGACCCAUAAUGACCUUCGACAAGUUCUACGUUCAGCAGGCCAAUAACCCAAACCUGACAAGGAAGGAUGGAGAAAUGUGGAACAUUUCCCUUCAGGCCCUGCUACACCUUGGGGUUAUUAUGAUAGUAGCAGUCCUCCUACACUUCAUGUACAUUCUGACCAUACCGAGUGACAUGAAGCUGCUUAAACACAUCUCUGACUGGGCCCUUGUUGGAUUGGCUUAUUUAAAUCUGGUAUACGAUUGGGUGAAAGCAGCAGUGAUGUUUGGAGUGAUAAACACAGUAUCAAGACUGGAUUAUCUGGACCCUCCCAAACCACCCAAAUGCAUUACAAUGCUUUAUGUGUUCUCUGAGAUACACUUUGAUAGAGGAAUUAACGACUUUCUCUGCAAGUAUGUUUAUAACUAUCUCGGCGGGAAGCAUGACAAUGUUUUGGAUGAGCUGAUAGCCUCUCUGUGCACGUUUGGCAUCACGGCCCUCUGGCUGGGACCAGGCUGGGUGGUUUUCAUCUGGGCUUUCUUAAACUGCUUUGGCCUUAAUUUUGAACUGUGGACUACCAAGUUCUUCAUGAUGGAACCUUUUAUUUCUAUUGAGAUGGCGAUAUCAGAAUCUAUGUCACGCAGGAUCAGGGCUGUGUUUAAUACCUUCAACUUCUGGACAAUUGUCCUUUACAAUGUCCUGGCACUGAACAAUCUUGAAUUUGCCAAACUGGUUGCAAAAAGAAUGUUGCUGAAAGGCUUCCCCUUCACCACCAUCACUGUGAUGUUCGUUACAUACUGCUUGAUUCAGCUGAUUAAGGAAAGGGAAAGAAGACAGGCUCUGAUUGAUGAUCCAGAUCCAAUGCCUCCUCCAGCGCCCGCUCCUGCACCCACAGCUGCACCCACUUCCACAGAUCCCAGCAUCACCCAGACAGACGGCGCUGCUGCCCAGCUUGUGGACCCAAACAAGCAAAAGGCAGAGUAGAGAUUACACAUAAUGCUUACAUUUUGAUGAAACCUAAAUGGUUUACUUACACAUUUUGUGUCUUCUUAUGAAUUCUGCAGACGAUGAUGAUCUAGAAAUAUGGAGAAAAAUGUAAGACAGUACUGUAAAAAAAAAAAAAAGAGUCUGCAUUCAUAACAGCUAUUUACAUUUUACAGAUUUUUUCAAUUCAAUAUUACUUUCAAUACAAUUUUACUCUCAUUGGCUGCUUUUUAAAUUAGUGACAGUAUGUGUUAUAGAGUGUUAGUAUGUGAUUUGUAGUUAAGAACCUAGAGGAUGGAUUUUAAUACUACAAAUUUUAUAACAGUUUUAAUUAAAUAUUCAGUGUUCAUAUCACAAGUGAUUACUAUACAUUAUAUAUUACUAAUAUGUACUUAUAAAUAAUGAACUAACAAUCACAAAGACUGUUUUAUGAAUUUGUGAUAUGCAUUAAAGUCUUCAUUAGUGACUAUAU